GUUGCUUUGAAGUACCUAGGUACCUAACAAGCAGGCUUACGCACGGGCCACAAUGGCGCCUUCUCCACAUACUGUGGCCCGUGCAGUCAGGCCCUGGAAUUGAGCAGUUGGGUUUGCAAACAGCUGCUCGUUGAAUGGCGACUGCAAGAACAUGGCAGAAGGCCCGGCUCGCUUGCCCACGCAUUAUCCACCGGGAAAUCUUUGAUUCCUAUGAGGAGCCGAAGGCCCAGUCUGGGGAUAUCGUAAAUGGCCUCACACCCAGCCAAACGUCGAAGGACCGAGCCCGGGCCGUCGCAUGCUGGACAUGCUCAACUGAGUGACCCAUCGCCCGCCCCGGCUGCCCGUGUGACAGCACCGCACUCGUCACCAGCUGAACCCCAUGCCACACCAACACGGCCUCCACGGCCGUUAUCGGUCCCGGAGAACAUGACGAUGCCAGUUCACGAAGCUCUGGAGUAUAUAGACCCGCACGACAGCACCCCUCAUGACCUCUACCUUGUCCUGAUAUACGCAGCUGCCGCGCACUCAGACGUCGCCGAGAUGAUGGACCGCUUCGCCUGCGUUCACAGGGACCGGGUUCUUCUCCAGCGUGAGAUGCGUGAGCUGCCAGCCACUACGGGAUCGACGGCUCAGUUCGUGCCAGUCUUGCCCAAACCCCCUCGUGUCCGGCCCGGCCGGCCCCACGGCCCUGCGAGGCCUAAGGAGGUUAUCGAGGCGGAAAAGGCAGACAAGGCGGCCAGGAAGGCGGCCAGGCUGGAAGCGCGAGCGGCCCGGCCUCCCAAGGUGAACAACCCAGCAAGGGAGAAAAGGCCGAAGCCCUCGGUACAGGACAAGGACUUCACCUACCUGGUCCGUCGAGCAGAGGUGGAACUCGGCAGCAACGGCAAGUAUGAUGACGAUAAGACCGUCCUUAGGCAGGAUUGGUCUCAAAAGAAUAAGAGACAGUAUUGGCAGGAAAAGGCCGUUGAGGUGAAGGCCCAUAUGAUGUGGCUGCAGGAGCAGAUCCUGCAGAACAUGACGGACCGUGAACGUCGGCAGAAACAAGGGGUAAUUGUGGAUGCUGCUACAUUUGGGACCAAGAAAAACGGCUUGGUUGCGAUGAAGGACUUGUUGCGCACUAUCUUGGUGGACACAGGGGAGCUUGGGAGACAACUCAGAGUGAAGUGGUUCUCUGAAUUUCUGGAGAAAUUCAAACAGGCCAUCUGUCUACUGAAACCCGAGGAAUCAGCGGCACUGAGACAAGAUAGAGAGUGGAGCAAAGAAUUGAGGUCACUUACCGCGGUGCUGCGAGAAAGGGGGUUCACAGAGGAGGGAUUGGAUGGCGUCCUCACGCAGAUCGCUCCCGACGCCACCAUUGAAAUUAAUUCAAGUAGUGACGACGGCGAGGACUCGGAUGUCUUGGUCAGCUUGAACGGAUCUGAUGAAGAUUCCACAUACGAGACUGACGAAUCUCUGGUCGGAGGGCGAUUUCUCGAACAGGUCCAUUUUGAACGAUGCAGUGAAUCAGAAGCAGAGAGCUCCGAAGAAGAGACUUCUGAUAUAUGAUAGUGACUACACAAAUUGAAUUCAGCAUCAAGAAAUAUCAU